UAGGGUUUUUACUUUUUUGUAACGAAAUCUUUGGGUUACUAAGCGGAAAAAUCCUAGAGUAACAGUUUACAACAUGGUGAGUCGACAGGUUGAUUAUCUUAAUACUGUCACAUCGAUGCAGCACAUCCUGCAGGAUCUGGAAGUAUCUUUGGAUCGAGUGCGAACGGAGGAAGAAAACGAAUGGAAGAUUCGGUACGAUGUGCACACAAGGUACAAGCGAUGCCUGGAAAUGCGAGCCCACCGCUCAGCUGAGCGCAUUAAAUGUUUACGGGAAGCGCUGCGGGAUGGUGGCUUGGAAUUUCAUCGGGAUUACCGGUUAAACACCGAAACAUUUGUGCGUCGGCUGGCUGAUAAUUUGCAAGAAGAGAAGGCGGAAAAACUAGGAGAACUGGAGAAGAAAGAAAGUGUUCUGGAACGGCAUGCUAAAAUACUGAAGCGAGAACGAGCUCGUCGAAAGUUGGUGCAAUCGGAGCUGGCAGGUUUGCGACUGGGAUCCGAUAGUCUUUUAUGGAGCGACAGCAUUCUUCGUCCGAACAUAAGUGAAAUACUGAAGGAAAAAAUUGACGAUGUCGUGGAUAAAGUAAUGCAGAAUGGUGAGGACGAUGCGGGUGCAGCUGAUGAUGGCGAGCAGCGGUUGUCCUCUCGUCUGCCGCGGGACAGAUUGCCAUUAAUUUAACAAUAUUUUCGGUGCUUUCCUAAGGUCGCUGCAGCUACCGCUCUGCUUAAAUGCUGUUCACUAAAAUUACUGUGUCCCUCGCUUUAGAAAUACUCGUUUCAGUAUGCUGCAAAUUAGCCUUUAACCUGUUAGCUUUAGCCAUUAUUAUGCCCACUGUUUAUCCAUCGUAGUAGUUAAUUUUGUGAAAGACUGGUGCGCAUGUGCAGCGACUUCCCAUACCAAUUACACCACAAUUUUACAGCUUUUAUUGGUGUUAAAUUGUCUUUGCAUGAACCGCUUAUACUAACUGUCAUCUGUAUCUGGAAUUCCAGAUUCAAACAGACAGAUGUUUUGUUUUAUUUUGUUUAAGUUUUUUCAGUUUAACUUGUGCAUGCUAAGGCCCACACUAAUCGACACAAUAUUGCUAUUGUACUUGAUAUUGUGAUCAUACUGUAAUCGGCUUCGUAAAAUUUCUCAAA